AUGUCGAAGAAACCUCUUCGAUCGCAAGCAAGAAAUAUUGUUUUCAACGUUUAUCAAAGAAUACUUGAUGAACAAGGUGCAGAACAAACACAAUCAUCGAUAUUGAGCCAUGUGCAAGCGUUGACUGGUGUUUCGAAUACUACCAUAAGACGAAUUGUUGCUAAUGGCAGGUCUAACAGAGGCGUAUUUAGUACGCCUGGUAAAAAGAGGAAAGGUGGCAAAAAAAAAAAACUUGGAUAA